AUGCUGAAGACGAUAUUCGGUACUGUUCUUAUCGCGUCGACCUCCUUGGUCUCCGGGCACAAGAACUGGAACCAGUGUUACUACGACAAAGACGCCGUCGCUCUUCCUGAGCUCCUGCCAUGCCAAAACGAGACGGACGUCGAUCCAAAUGACUACACCUGGUGCUGCUUUGCCGGCCAUAAUUGCUUGGACCACAACAGCUGCUGGGACCCAGACACAACCAACACAUACCAGUAUGGCUGUAACGACGAAACGUAUUCUCAUCCGAGCUGCCCGCCCAAAGGUGAUUUAGAUCGAGGCAAGUCCCCGUGGAUUGGCCUCGUCUUGUGCAAAGACAAGGACAGGGAAAGCAAAGACCAACCUUGGGUCUGCAAUCACCCGGACACCUGCGGCAAAAACUGUCCCCUCGAGCCGGGCAACGCCGACGCUACAAUGUCCGUUUGGCCUUUUACGAUGAUCCAUCUGCCGCGUCUGACCAGCCAAUGCGCAGACCUCGGCAAACUGGUCACUGCGACUUUCGCCCCCGAUCCGAUUCCCAGCAAGGGAUCCGUACCCGACGAAGCGACCGACAUAGGCUCUAAGCCUCAAGCAACUAGAGUUCCUAUCAAAGGCUCCGAUGAUGGUGGUUUGAGCACAGGCGCCAUUGCAGGUAUUGCAGUCGGGGCAGCGGUGGGCGUUAUUGCCAUUCUGGUAGGCGUCUUCUUCAUGUGGCGGCGACGCCGUGCGCAGAAGACCCAGACCCCGGCACCGGCCCCAGCACCAGCGCAGUAUCCCCAGUCCUCUCUGGCUCCUCAAUAUCACUCACCGGGAAUGCCGUCUUCACCUGAGCCGUAUCCUGGUUACGACAAGCACAACAUCGUGUAUCCCAACUCGCCCUCGACUUUCUCGGACGGGACGGGCAUCCAGCGGCCUGUGUCAGACAUGAGCAUGAGUACCGUCUCUCCGACGCCCAUGGGGUCUCCACGGCCUCAUCCUUCGCAGUAUUAUCAGCAGGGAGCCCACCCGUCUCAGAGACCUUAUGGACAUGGUGCGCACGCAGAGCUCUCGCAUGACGCAAGAGCGGUGUACGAGAUGCCCGAGAUUCGGGAGAAGCCUGACAGAUCUGAGCUACCGUGA